AUGAACAGAAGGCUGAAUCGCUUAAUCUUUAUCUUGGUUGAUGAUAUUUAUACCGAUAUUAUGCACAACGCCGCAAGGAUGGCCGUCAAUAUCGGACGUAUGAGCUCAGAGACUAGAGAAGCAAAAAAGAAAAUGACUGCAGCAGAAGAGAUCAAUGAGCUGUCAUUAGAAGAUAUGGUGCAGAAGGUGUAUAUCGAUGAAGAAGUUUGUUAUAUUGUCAAGUCUUUUACGACGGAAGUUGUAUACAAUAUAUCAACUGAGCAAGGAAUAAUGACUGCAUCUGUGCCGUUUACAGCCAAGGCAAAUUGUCACGACAGUAAUAAGAGAAAUGCUACAGCGUACUUACGAUAUUACCUAGAAAUUGACUUUAGCUUGAAAGUUCAUACGAUGGAUAAUAUCGAAGAAGUUACUGAAAACUCUAAUGUAUUUCAAUCAGAAGCUGGAGGUAGAACGGAUGAGGUGUUGACAAGCAUCACGAAUGUAUGCAAACAAGCUUUAGAAAGUCGUAUACAUUUAACUUUUGAAAAUAAUAACAGAUCGUUACAGAUAUAUAAUGAACAAAGACAGUUGCUGCCAACUAAUGAAGAGAUGUAG